AUGGAUGGUCUCUAUUUGCCCGAUGGGCGUCAGCUCGCAUUAAUUGAUCGUGAUUGGAUUUUAGACGAAUUACCACAUUUAGGCAACCCGGACGAUAACUCUGACGCCAAUUAUCUUCUUGCAUCAGCAGCAGCAGCAACAAGUGGUGCAGGUAUUGCUACAGGUGGAUCAGCAGGUCGUAGUGUAGCCGGAAUCGGAUCUAGUGCUGGAGGAUCCGCACACGGUGUGUCAAAUAAUACAGGCGGAGGAUCAGGUAGUGCAGACGGUGCAGGAGGACAUCCUCACGGCUCAGGCGCUAAUCAUAAUCACAGUUUAUUGUACAAUCCUGACGAAUACGAGGGUGAUUUAACGUUGUUAUCUGAAAUCGUUGACGAAACACAGAACAAGUGGUCAGAUUUCGGUUUAAAUCAAUUACUUACACCUUACGCGCGCUCGAUUCGACCAACAUUCAAAUAG